CCAGCCGCGGCGCCCUGACGCAGGCCGAGGCCCCGCCCCGGCGUGACGCCAGCGUCAGCCCAGUCCCGGCGUCCUGUGCGGCCGCCCGCGGUCGAGCCCCGGCGAGAGGAAUUUUCCCCCCCGUGAGCGGCUCCGGUUCAGUUGAAGCUGCUUGCUGUCCAGAGCCGGGUCGGCGACGCUGCCGCCUGCAUCCGUUCACUCUUCACCCCUCGCUCGUCCGCCGCGCCCCGCCGAGUGCCCCCCAGCCCUCCCGCGAGGGCGCCCCGGGACGGAAGGACCCAGCAGCCUGUCGGCGCCCGCCGUUCUCGUGGUCGCCGUCGCCGUCGUGGUCGUGGUCGUCUCCGCCGUCGCCUGGGCCAUGGCCAAUUACAUCCACGUCCCCCCCGGCUCCCCGGAGGUGCCCAAGCUGAACGUCACGGUGGCGGACCAGGAGGAGCAGCGCUGUCGGGAAGGGGCCCUGAGCCUCCUGCAGCACCUGCGGCCGCACUGGGACCCCCAGGAGGUGACCCUGCAGCUCUUCACAGAUGGAAUCACCAAUAAACUUAUUGGCUGUUAUGUGGGGAAUACCAUGGAGGAUGUAGUCCUGGUGAGAAUCUAUGGCAAUAAGACCGAGUUGUUGGUUGAUCGAGAUGAGGAAGUGAAGAGUUUCCGAGUGUUACAGGCUCAUGGUUGUGCACCACAGCUCUACUGUACCUUCAACAACGGCCUGUGCUAUGAGUUUAUACAGGGAGAGGCGUUGGAUCCAAAGCAUGUCUGCAAUCCAGCAAUUUUCAGGCUAAUAGCACGCCAGCUUGCUAAAAUCCAUGCUAUUCAUGCACAUAAUGGCUGGAUUCCCAAAUCUAAUCUGUGGCUAAAGAUGGGAAAAUAUUUCUCACUCAUUCCCACAGGAUUUGCUGAUGAAGACAUUAAUAAAAGGUUCCUAAGUGAUAUCCCAAGCCCUCAAGUUCUUCAGGAAGAGAUGACUUGGAUGAAGGAGAUUCUCUCCAACUUGGGCUCUCCUGUGGUGCUUUGCCAUAACGAUCUCUUGUGUAAGAAUAUAAUCUACAAUGAGAAACAAGGUGAUGUACAGUUCAUUGAUUAUGAAUAUUCUGGAUACAACUACCUGGCAUAUGAUAUUGGAAAUCAUUUCAAUGAAUUUGCAGGUGUGAGUGACGUAGACUAUAGUCUCUAUCCAGACAGGAAACUCCAGGGCCAGUGGCUGCGCUCUUACCUGGAAGCCUACAAGGAAUACAAGGGCUUUGGGACUGAAGUUACUGAGAAGGAGGUGGAGAUACUUUUCAUUCAGGUCAAUCAGUUUGCGCUGGCUUCUCAUUUCUUUUGGGGAUUGUGGGCUUUGAUUCAAGCCAAAUACUCCACUAUCGAGUUUGAUUUCCUUGGGUAUGCAAUUGUUCGUUUUAACCAGUACUUUAAAAUGAAGCCUGAAGUUACUGCUUUAAAAGUGCCUGAGUAAAGAAGAUUUAGUUAUUCUCAAGUAGCUGGGCAGUGCUUGUGAAUCUUUUCUUAAGAAAUUCCAAAAGCCGAUAUUUGUUAAAAUUCUGUUAAUUUGGUUACCUUGCUUUAAAAAUUAUGCCUCUAAACACCCAAUCUAUUUUUGAAUAGACUGAAUGAUGUCAAGAAAUAGAUCAGCUUUCAGAAUGUGGUGAAUUAAAAAUUUGUUAAAUAUGCAAAAGGUAUAAAGAUGUCAGUUUAAGCCUUUAAUAAUUUAAUCUGUUAUGUGAAUUAUUUAUUAUAAACUCAACAAGAUUCUGUGAUUGCUUUCAUCUGUUGAGUGUAAGCAAUGAAUAUGUUCUAGUUAAAACUUUUUAAAUUUUGCUUUCAUAAUUCUAGUAAAGAUUCUUGUUCAGUGUAACCCUUUAAUCUUGAUGUACUCUGUAAGUUAAAUGAAUCAUUUGCUCUUAGAAUGGCAGUUGUUGGCUGGCAUUAGAUAAUUUAGGAUAUUCAUGUGAAAACAUGUGUUUAGGAAGGUAGAAUACAUUCUGUUGAUGGUACAUCUUUUUGAACUGAGCUUUAAAAAGCAUUUCUUUUAGAGAGAUACAACUUAGAACUAAUUCCCAUCUCUGCAUUGUCUGCAGUAUAAAUAGAAGUAUUUACCAUAUAAUCCUGAAAUAAGUAUAAUGAUUUAGUAUUACCAAAAUCUGUAUUAAAUAAUGUUUUCAAAUACUAA